AUUAUUGAGUUUCUUUGUUUACUUCGAAUAAACUGCGUUGUUUGAUGAUUCUAAUUUCUUCAUCAUUUUUUUGAUUUUUAUUCUAUUUUGGUUGAUUUUCGUUUGUAAUUUUUUUUGUUCUUCAAAUUUUUGAUUUUGAUUUCACUAAUUGAAUUCGAUUAAAAUGGGUGCUCUAUUGAGCGUUUGUGGAAUGGGCCAGUUGGCCUGUUGUGCUGCAUCAACAGCAUGUAGCUGUCUUAAUUGUAUAACACCGGCUAUUGGUGCAAGAAUUAUGUAUUCAUUUAUGUUAUUGUUGGUAACAAUAACCGGUUGGAUUAUGACACAACCGAAUGUAUCAAAUUGGUUAGAAUCUAAAGUACCGUUUUGUUGGACAAAAACACCAUUGGUGGGUGAUACUUUGGAUUCAUUAAAAGAAGCAGCAAAUUUGUUCAUCGGUCGAGAAACUAGUACUGUUGCACCAAAAGAAAAUAUUUGUAAAGAAGUGACUGGAUAUUUGGCCGUAUAUCGUUUAAUGUUUGCUACAUUUAUGUUUUUUGUCAUAUUCGGUUUAUUAAUGAUUCGUGUACGACGUUCAAGCGAUCCAAGAGUUGCAUGGCAUCGAGGAUUUUGGCCAAUAAAAUUUAUUAUUUUGAUUGCCGGAAUUGUUGGUACAUUCUAUAUUCCAGGCGAUAGUUCAUUUGGAAUGGUUUGGAAAAAUUUUGGCUUUAUCGGAUCAUUUCUUUAUCUAUUGAUUCAAGUAUGUUUUCUUAUAUUGUUUGCUGAUGAAGUGGCCGAUGAAUUAGUAUCACGUAUGGAAGAUUCCGAUAGCCGUGGACCAUUAUGUUUACUUGUGACAAUAAGUUUAGCUAAUUAUAUAUUAUCGGCUAUUGGUAUUAUUCUAUUCUAUGUCUAUUAUGGUGGUAGCGGCUGUAGUUUGCAUAAAUUUUUAAUCUCAAUCAAUAUGAUUAUGAUUGUUAGUCUAUCAUUGGUAUCUAUUUUACCUAGCGUUCAAGAAUAUAAUCCAAAAUCUGGUUUAUUACAAGCAUCAACAUUAGCAUUAUAUUUAACAUAUAUGACAUGGUCAGCAUUAAAUUCAUCACCACAACAGGAAUGUAAACCAACAUUUUGGACAGCAACCAAUGGUUCAAUGGAUGGACAAUCAUUUAUUUCAUUAUUAAUAUGUUUUGUUUGUGUCAUAUAUUCAAGUAUUCGUUUGACAACUAAAUCUGGUAUGGAACGUAUUACUGGUGUUUCAAAUGAUGAUCAUGAAACUGGUGGAAAUGCUUCUGUAUCUUCAACAACACGAUUGACUGGUGAUGAUUCAAGAGAAGAAGAUCGGGAUAAUUAUUCCAGUUGGCCAGCAUUUUAUUGGAUAUUGGCAUUAGGUACUCUUUACCUAAUGAUGACCAUUACAAAUUGGUUUACACCACAAGAAUCAUAUAAACAUUUUGGUGAAAGUAGCAGUUCAUUAUGGAUCAAAAUGAUAUCAUCAUGGUUUUCUGGUCUAAUCUAUUUGUGGGCAUUGAUUGCACCUGUUGUAUUGCAUGAAUAUCGUGAUUUUUCAUAAGAAAAGAAAAAACAUAGAAUUUAAUGAAUAUUUCAUUCAAUUGAACUAGUCGUUAAUGGUUCAUCAUCACAUUCACCAUACAUGGACAAUUAAUAUUAACCAUUUGGAAUUAUCAAAUGAAUACUUUAGAAUUCAUCAUCAACAUAUUUUUAUUUUCAUUCAUACAAUAUCCAAAUCCAUGUGACCUCGUAUGGAAUAAAUAAUACAAACUAUUAUUUUUGUUUCUCUGUUGUUUAAAAGAAAUUACAAUCAAUAAAUAUGCACCGAUCAAUCAUCGAUUGUAAUUGAUUGAUUGAU